AUGCCUGGAGUGCCUCGCUCACAUGGCUGCCAGUCAUGCAAAAAUCGCAAAAUAAAGCCAAAGAUGCUCUUCACCAUGCAUAGCGCCCUGACGACCCCGUCCGUGAAUGAACAGUGUGAUGAGGCUUGGCCUCAGUGUGGUGGUUGUGCGCGAAAAAGGGCACCAUGCCCAGGGCCAACUCUAAUACUCAAAUUCGUCGUGAACCAAGAUCAUUCGACCCCACAGAGUAUGUUACGGAGAGCUGGGUAUUUCCGGAAGAGUCAAAAUGCCGCCCAAGCUUCUGGUAAACAGCUCAAUCCCCAUCCCCAUAUAGCACUCCCAAGGAUCUAUAACCCCACUCCAAAAGGGCUCAAUACAGGCCCCCUUCGCUCGGCUCUUACCACGAUCGAUGACGGUGUUGCUGCCCGUCUAGUUGGUCAUUUGGGAAGCUCCGGGAAAGACCAGAUGAUUACCCAAACUGAGAUCCUCUGCCACCUUCCAAAGAGAAUGUCAGCAAAUCAAAGUCUUCGUGACUCGGUCGAUCUGCUUUGUUCGGUCUGGUCAAGCCGUCGCUCAGGUGGCGCGGCGGUCGAAUUCAUAAACAUGCCGUUAUACGGGAAAGCAAUCCACAGUCUCUCUCGUGUUUUGAAGACUGACCAGGCCUUCACUAUGGAAACUCUAGCAGCUAUUCUCAUUGUGCAGCGCGCCGAGGCCUUGUUCGACCCUGGACACCGUCCACUUAUCCACUCUAAAGGAAUCGCAACUCUCUUGGCUCGGGUUGGUCCUCCCAGAGCCGGUGACAAGUUCCACGCUAGUGUUUUCGCCGAGACAUAUAGCGUUAUGAUACCAUAUUGGAUGAUGACGGGUUGGGAUAGCCUGAUCGAAAAGCGCCCGUGGAGAGACGCCGUCGUUAGUGGCUUGACUGACUAUACCGGAGUGCCGGAGCUUAAGCCGUAUUUUUAUACGGCCUUCGACAAGAACAACAGGCUAUGCGAGAAAGUGCCGGUUUUGAUGCAAGGUAUUAUGGUCCUUUUCCAAGAUCCCGAGCACGAAAAGUUCUCUGCCACUUCGCCGUUUGUUGAGCAGAUGACAGAGGAGUUUCGCACGGCAGAGACUUCUGUAAGAGAAGCCAUCUAUGCCAUCUUUGAUGAAGCAAUGAAGUUAGGGGCAAUAGCUGAGGAAGACAAGCCCACGCCCCUUACUAGGACAAGCUACAACUUCUCCUCGACCCACCUGGCCCAGUCAUUGGUCUCUUAUCUCUCCUUUCACAUUUAUAUUUUGCGUCUUCGUUAUCAGUGGAAUGCUUCAUUUCAACUUCCAGACGCGCCUGACUUGUACAAGGUAUUCCAAGACGCCUGCAUCAGAAUAUGGAAGUUUGUGCCUUUUAUGCAGAAGGCUUGGCUGUUCCUCCUACGACAUCUACAAAGCUCUCUUGCCAUCAGCUUUGAAGCAGCAAACCAAGAACAGAAGGACUAUAUUCUAAGUAUAUUCGAGAACUUGGACAGCCAUGGCAAGAAAGAGUCCAGAACUCGUGAAGAGUUGAGAAGCCAGCUGGAGCAGCAGUCUUUAUUGCUACAGAUGGAAUGGCGGUAA